AUGGCGACAGCCCACGACAUACCGUUGUUGAUUGUCGCGGAAAACUCGUCUUCGGAGCGAAGAAUCAACCCUUCUUGGACCAUCUCGCAGCUCAAGGGUCGCCUCGAGCCCAUCACCGGUAUACCGGCGAACUGCCAAAGCCUCUCCAUCAAGACUGGCCAGCAAGCAUCGCAACCCAUACAAGCGCAACAUGAGGACUCCACCCAGCUGGCUCGCUGGCCCUUACACGCUUAUGCCGAGAUUCAUGUCUCAGACACACGUCCACCAGGCGCUCGAGCCAACUAUACCGACGUAUCUGCUGUAGAGAAGUAUGAGAUGCCACCGGCGGAAUACGAGUCACGAACCGACAGCGUCCUUGCCUGGAAAAAGGCCCAAAAGCUCGGCCGCUUUGACCCAAACGCUCCGAGCAUCGAGCAGCAGAAGCGCGAUGCCACCUACCGUGAGGUCGAGCAGCGGGCUAUUCAAGUAGGCUGUAGAUGUCGGCUACUACCCGAUGAUGAUGCGCGGAGAGGCGAGGUAAUGUUCGUUGGUGAUGUGCCCGAGAUACCAAGCGGUAUAGGCGCAUGGGUGGGCGUGAAGCUCGACGAGCCUACUGGAAAGAACGAUGGGAGUGUCAAGGGUGUGAGGUACUUCCAAUGCCCUACAAACUGUGGCGUUUUCGUCCGGCCAGAGCGUGUGGAGGUUGGCGACUUCCCAAUGCUUGAUGAACUCGCAGAUGAAGACGAGGAGUUCUGA